AUGGCGCGGCGACAAUCCGUUCUGGCGGCCACGCUCUAUGGCGGCCACAAUGCAUUGGUGGGAAUGACAAUCCAUUCACGGCGGCUACAAUGCAUUGAUGGGAAUCACAAUCCAUUCAUCGCGGCCACAAUCCAUUCUCCGCAGCUACAAACCAUUCAUGGGGGUGCUAAUGCAUUAAUGGGAAUGACAAUCCAUUUAUCGCGGCUACAAUCCAUUAUCCGCAGCUACAAACCAUUCAUAGGGCCUCCUAGGCGAGAAAUCUAA